AUGACGACCGUCCCCCGCCUCCGCUCCCUCUACCGCUCCCUCCUGCGCGAGCUCCCUCCCCGUCCCGUCCUCGCUCGUGAGCGCUCAGCCAUACACAACCGUCUGCGCGCCAGCUUCGCCGCCCAUGGAAACGUCGCCGCUGUCGCGGAUGCGACCGCGAAACCGCGCGCCGAGGCCGACGCCGCAGAGGCCGAGCAGUUCGCCGUCUACCUCCGCGCCCAGCGCACUUACGUCACGCUACUCGAGCGCUACAACCCGGGUAUGAACAUGGAUGAGGAGGAGCGCGUGCGCUUGACGGCGCGGAGAGUCGGCAUGGAUUUGCCCAAGGAGUUUAACGACAGAUUGAAGAACUGA